AUGGACUUGCUGAAUGUGUCACGCUUGGCCGUUGUGCAAAGUCGACAUGUCUCUUCAAAGUAUGUCAAACCUCAUCCUCGGCCCUUUAACCGGCGAUUGUACGAAGCUGCUCUGAAGCCGGAGAUGCCGGAACAGGUUAAAGAAGGCUGUAUUUCAAAUUUUGAGUGGCAAAGAAGAUACGAACAACACCUUUAUGAAGUAUGUUGUGAAAAUUUUACACACAAAUAAUAAAUUUUAUCCAGUUUAAGCUUUUUUCUUGAAUCACUUUAAGGAUAUAUUUUAGUAUACACCGAUUGAGUACGCGUUGGUGGAUAAAGUAAAAGAAUAUAUCAGGGAGGAGAAGUUCCGAGUCUUCUCUAUAUGUCAGUUAUUGUCGACCAAACAGAGGCCUUUACAUUUCACAAAGAAUGCGUAAGUCAGUUAUCUACGUUGCACUUAAACACAAUUUAACAUGAAUAAUAUGGAAACGUUUAGGCUGAGGUUGAAAGGAUUGGAGUAUAAGACGUAUCCUUCUCGAAUAAUGUCAAAAGUCUUCGAAGGAACACCUUUUGAUGUACUGAAUUCUCUGUACCUAGAUCACUAUUCUUGCUUGUUGUUUGGCAGAGAUAUCAACGCCGUUAAGACGAUAGUGACAGAAACCAAGAAGAUUCCUUACAUGUAUCCAUUAGGUCAGUUUAUCGAUUAACAGGAAAAUAUUGUAGUAUUUUAACGUCUUUUAUUCUUAUGUUUGUAAAUUAGAUUUAUCUUAUAUUAUCUUUUGCUUUCAGUGAUUACAUACGAUGACAAGGUACUAUCACUUGAACAGAUCGAGGAGUUGAGUACGGUGUCUGAUCCCGAUCAACUUCGUGCCCAGACCGUCCAGAUUCUGCAAACGAUUCCACAGCAGUUGGUAUCGACCCUCUCCCACCCAGCCCAACAUCUCACCUCACUACUGAGUAACAUCCCCAAGUAA